AUGAGCCAAGUGACAAAUACACCGCUGCCACCUUAUACUCCAGUGAACAAACCAGUUGUCCAAUACAUUGAGUAUAAUGGUGCCAAUUUUUACACUGAGCUAUGGUCAGUUCCAAAAGACACAGAAUUGAAGGGAAGAAUUGUUUGGGUUCAUGGGUUUUCAGAGUUCUCCAAAGUCUAUGUUCAAUUGUUUGAUGAUUUAAGUCAUUCAGGAUAUGAAGUGUUUUUCUUCGAUCAAAGAGGUGCUGGGUUAACAUCCCCUGGAAAAUUAAAAGGUAUUACCGACGAUUUCCAUGCUUUUGAUGAUUUAGACUUUUUCUUGAAAAAGAAUAUUGAUGAAUUGGAGGCUCGUGAGAACAAAAAGUUAUUCUUAAUGGGGCACUCUAUGGGUGGUGGGAUCUCUUUGAACUAUGGGAUCAAAGGUAAAUACAAAGAUCAUUUGACUGGUAUCGCGGUCUCUGGCCCAUUAGUUUUAUUACAUCCAAGCACAAGACCUGGUAGAGUUUUGUACGGGAUUUCAUACAGUGCUAUGAAGCUUAUCCCAAAUUAUAGAAUGGACACCAAGUUGAAGGAAGAAUAUAUCACAAGUGUGCCAGAAUGGAGAAAAUUCUUAUCAAAUGAGCCAGUUACACCACUAUUGGGAUCUUUGAAAAACAUUUAUGAGUUUUUGAAAAGAGGUGAGAGAUUGCUCGAACCAGACUACGCCAAGGGCUUUUCAGUUCCACUAUUAAUCCUUCACGGAGAUGAAGACCACAUCAAUGAUGUUCACGCCUCUGAAAAGUUUGUUGAUUUGGUUCCUAUCAAAGAUAAGACGUUCAUACCGGUCAAGGGGGCUCUUCAUUGUAUCUUUAUAGAAAGGGAAGAAAUCUAUAAGGAAGCCAAAAGAGACCUAUUGGACUGGCUUGCAAAGCAUUGA